AUGUUUUCUAUGUAUGGCUAACUUCCGUCUGACGUUGCAGGAGGCCAAGUUGAAGAUGUCACUCUCAGACAUACAGUCAUGGGUGAUGGCCCGUGCUAGGACUAAUCCCAAGGAAGGCGAGAGCAAGUACUAUGGCAAUACAGAGGAGCACAUGGAGUCCUACAAGGAACAAUUUGAGAGGUUGCAUCCGCCUGGUCCGGAUGCUCCUGACGUGAUCGAGUCUCAGAUUGAUGAGACAGCGGUGGUGUCUAUUCAGGGGAAGGCCCAUGGCCGCUAUCCGUGUUUCGAUGGCUUGAUCACUCCUUCAGUCUCUUACACACAACUGCGGGCUACCAAUCCGAGCCCGUGCAGCAGUAAGGGGCGUUCGCAACCUCCCUCAGACCCCCAGCAUGAUGCAUACAUGGCCUUUGUCGAGCGUAGGAAUCUCGAGGUGCAGGAGUACAUGCGCCUAAUGAAGGCAAACGUGAAUUACAAUCGUGAGAUGAUGGCGUGGCGUCUUGGAAUAACCGCGCGGAGCCACCACAAAUGGGACCCCCACCACCACCCGCUGGAGAACCCCGACAUGUACCCACGUUCGAUGAAUGGGUGGCACUAUGCAGUCAGACUCCGUCAGUUCUUCUCUGAAAUUGCAAUUGACGACUACAACAAGAACCCCGGCACAAUGCAGCAGGAUGUCCGCAGGAUCGCCACUGCUACGGACGAUGCCCUCCGCACCGUUGACACGGGGACUGUCAUGAGGAUGUCCAGGGACAAGAUGCCACGCCGGUGCCUGUGGAGUCGUCUCGCCGUCAGGUCGCCGCCUCCCUUGACGGCAAUACGCGAGAUUAAAUACAUGAUGCAGUACUAG